CAAAACAAAAUCUGGCAGCUCUGAACGAGAAACGUCACAGUGCUGUCAAAGCUGCUGAAAUUGUCUGCCCACGGGAAUCAAAAUCUAAUUAUUAGGUUGGGCAUUUUCGUCUCUUUUUUGUUAUCACAACAAUUUACGGUGGUCAUCCAGAGCUGAUAAGAUAACAGAGGGCGUCGCUCGAGAAAGUUUAACCGGAAAGAAUUUCCUCCUGAUUGGUACUCUAGCAGUGGAAGUUAUGAAUCAGCAGAGUUCGUAAGACGGCAGUGUAUAAAUCAGUCGCAUUUUCAACUAGCUUGCAGCUUCAUACUGUGCACCAGUGGGAAUUGUAGCAUAUGGCAAUGGAACCAGCCGCUGUAAAUCCUGCCGAUUUGGCUUCUCUAAGGGAGCGCAUGAAAAUUAUCGCCGACGCCGAUCCGAAGCAGUAUCAUAACGAAUUUUCUUUGAAACGAUACUUACGGGCGUUUAAAACCGUAGAUGCUGCGUUUCAGGCAAUACUUAAAACCAACAAAUGGCGCGAGGAAUAUGGUGUUGAUAAAUUAGUUAAUGAUCCUGCCAUCGAGGCUAACGCGAAUAAGGCACGAGUUCUGAAGCACCGGGAUUGCAUCGGAAGACCAGUUAUCUACAUUCCAGCCAAGAACCAUUCUUCCGAGCGUGACAUCGAUGAGCUGACAAAGUUUAUCGUGCACUGCCUAGACGAGGCGUGCAAGAGGUGCUUCGAAGAGGUCACCGAUAAUCUUUGCAUCGUUUUCGACCUAGCCAAUUUUAGUACUUCCUGUAUGGACUAUCAGUUAAUUAAAAACAUGAUAUGGUUGCUAAGCAAGCAUUUUCCUGAGCGGCUGGGUGCGUGCCUAAUUUUAAACGCCCCAAUGGUGUUCUCCACUAUUUGGCCUGUAAUUCGGGCUUGGCUUGAUGAGAAUACUUCCAGCAAGGUGUUUUUCAUCUCAGGCGAGGAGGAAUUGUGCAAGUACCUUAUUCCGGACAUUCUACCGACCGAUAUGUAAGAGCUAUGACGAUGUAAAAUGAAAGCUAAUGGGAACACAAGGUAUUGUUCGACUACAGACUAUUUUAAAAGAGAUUAGUAUCACUUGAAACGUAGAAAGUUAGACCAUUGUUUCCUACUACUGACAGUUGCAUUUUGGCACUGAAUCUAAACAUUUGAUGUGAGAGAAUGGUAGUCUCCGGAAAGUACCAGUGUGGUUAGAAUAAGCAAGCCCGGAACAAACGUGUGAGCUUAAUGUGAACGGAUAGAACCUUAUAUAGUGCAAUUAUUCGAAAACUAUUUACACUGUAGUCUCCCUGUCCAAAGUUGAAUUUUUUUAGGAAAACAUCGGUUGCUUUUAUUUAAGACUAGAGCAGAGUUUUUAUCAUCGCCGGGUCAAGUGUCCACUUUUUUUUCAAUCUAACAUUGACUGUAGGUAUCCUACAUUCCAAGUUGAAAUGAGAAAUGUGUAGCCGUACUAAUCCACCGUAGGCACUACGUAAUAAUAUCGAUACUUAAGCUAGUAACAACUGUUACAUGAUUGUAUUAGCGAGCUCUCAAUUGAGUGGUUGUAUGAUAAAGAGUAAAAUGAAUAAACAUGAAUGUAUAUGUUGAUUACUGCAAAA